CAGGCUACAACAAUGGCGCGCAACAACCCUCAAGGAAACACGUCUAACUAUUCAUUCUGUGUACUGAGUACACAAACAGAAGGGGUGCGCUCAAGCAACGUUUCACCUCAACUCACCGCUCUAGUAUUGCACUUAACGCUGACGAACUAACGCAUUCGCUGUGAAUAUCACAGCUAAUUAUCGUUUCUGCUUAUUGUGUUUGCUAAAUUGCAAUGAACACAUGUUUUGAACUUCGUAUCUUUUUGCAUUUCUUUCUUUUUGAAACCAGUGCGCCAAUGUUAAGUUUGUGCAGCCAUGAUAAAAGUUGAGUAUAACGUCCAUGAAGAAACCACGGCAUCCGUCGCAUUUUCUAGAAUGCAGCUGCUGCUAUAUCUUCUCUAACUGCACAUAGGAACUGUUUUUCUUUAUUUUAAUGUCACAAACCUUGCAAAUAUUGAGGCAGACGUUCGAACAGUCAUAAUAACAGAAACCAAAUGAACGGCCGAAACGGUACACCCCAGUGAUAUAGACAGUUAUCCACAGCGAACCUGAAUGCCAGGAAACCAAAAAAAAAAAAAAAAACGCGUGCAUGCCCAGGAACGCACAAACACGCACAGACACCCACACGUGUGUGCGAGCACAGAAAGAUACAUCGGACAGCGCAUCGCAGGCCUGUUCGCCGAAGUGACCAGAGAGGGCGCUGACGAGCAAGGGAAAAAAAGGAAAGCCGCGAAGGAGCGAAGGAAGACUGCGAAUGGGGUAAGGAAAGGGCGAAAUAAAGUGGGGCUCGGCGCGUGGUUGCCCGUGGCAACGGGACGGUUGCGCUCCCCGUCGCUGCCUUCUCGCCCUUUUCCUCUCGCGCCUUUUUGCCAAGUGCGGCUCCGGACCCCAGCUCAGUCGAAACUCGGCCGCCGUACCGGGAACCCGUGCACAGCCGCCGCCCGAGACCAGUGCCCUCCUCCGCAGAACCCGCCCGUGGAGAGGGUGGCAACCCGCCGUCCGUCCCGCUCUCCUCACUUCCCGGCUCGAGAAGUCGUUUCGCGGCCGCUGUGCACACAUUCCCUGCGGACCCGGGUGUAUGUGCAUGCGCGGACCAGCGGGUGACAACCUGUUACCGGGACCAUAAUGCGAGCGCGAUGAAGAGUUCGUGAACUGCGCCGGAGCUCGCGGCGACUAUCCGUUCCACGGAUUGUAAGCGACCACUGUGUCGUUGCAAGCUGCGGGUGCUGCAGGACAAUACUGUGAACUUUGUGCAAAGAUCUUCCAACCAGAAAGGAAACAGACUGGGAUGUUUGGUUGUCGCCAAUUUCUUCAGAGAAAAAACAAAAAAAAAGAAUACUUACCGCUAGUGUCGGGAGAAAGAAGCUCACUGCCUCUUACGCAGCUCUUCUAAAUUUCUGCCGAACCUCGUGUUUCACACUAAUCAAGACGUCGUUGCCGUUUCCAGUGCAAGUGCAAUCGAACCUAUAAAAGCAGCGAGCGGAUUGUGAACUACUGCUCCGUUGUUUGCGACAGACGUCAUCCGCCUCCGCUGUAUAAAAAACUUUCUGUGGGUCGCCGAUACUCCAAGUUCACCGUUACUCCGAGUUCACCGAUCUACGAACGGAAAGAGCUGGGCAAAGAAAGCUGUGCAAUCGCAUUUCGAGUUGUGGUACAGUCUUUUGGUUUUCUUCGUUGUUCGUGUAUCGUGGACAGAGCGAACGUCUUGUAAAAUAACUGAGAGGAAACGCUUCUUCUUAAGAAAACAAGAAGGGGCAGAAAAAAAGAAAGACCAACCAGGCUAUUUCAAGCGGCGAACUGAGCGCUCUGCGGAUCCCACUUUUCUUGCGGUAACUCGCUGCCGGCGGCGGGCACUAACGUGAGCUGUCCUCUCUGAGGAGCGUAUCGUCCCAGCGGCGGCGAAUCCGAUGGCGGGCAGGCCGGACGACCGGCUGACAGCGACCCCCGUCUGAUGCCGACGCCGUAGUGCCAUGGAACGCGGGCGCCGCAUCUUCGGAAUCAUGGGCAAACGGGCGAGCAAGCUCACCAAGGACGAGAUCCGGGAACUCGAGGAGUCCACCUACUUUGACGCAAAGCAGCUACGAAAAUGGCACCAGGAAUUCUUAAAGGACUGUCCCAGUGGCUUCAUGACAAAGUCGGAAUUCCGAAAAAUAUACGGGCAGUUCUUUCCGUGCGGAGAUCCCACCAAGUUCGUGGAUUAUAUCUUCAACGUGUUCGACGAAGACAAGAAUGGCGUUAUCACCUUCAAGGAGUUCAUCCGAGCCAUUUCCAUCACAACAAAAGGCAACAUCGACGAAAAACUGAACUGGGCCUUCAACCUGUACGACCUGGACAACGACGGAUUCGUGACGCGGUCCGAGAUGCUGGACAUCGUGACGGCCAUCUACGUGCUGCACGGCAAGGCGGGACCCACCGACUCGGAGGCCGCCGGCGCGGACAACCCGCGCAAGAGGGUCGACCAGCUCUUCGCAAAACUGGACACCGACGCUGACGCCCGCAUCAGCCGCGAGGAGUUCUGCGAGGGUUUCAAGACGGACCCCUGGAUCCGGCGUGCCCUGCUCAACGCCGUCUCCAUGCCGGACCAGCCCAAAAGCCUGCGCAGCUUCUCGACCGCCUCCUCCGAAUGACCCGCCACGGUGGCUCGCUCGCCUCCGCACGGCGGGCCGGGGUCCCGAUCGGCCGUCCCGGCUGCGCACGGCCACCGCGGCUGCGACCGGCGUAGACAGCGCCGAGUCUGGCCCAGCGCCCAGCACGUGGUCGCGGCCUCGGCACAGCACCACCGGCGUACGGCAGGGGGCGCCGCGUCCGGCGGCGACCCGGAGCGCCGAGGAGGCUGUGCCGCGCCGUCGGGUUUGGCCGCUGCAGCUGCGGCGGGACCCGGCCGCUGCGGGGCAUUCACCCGCUCGUCGGCCACGUCUUUCUCGUCCGGCCGCGGAUCCCUCUGCAGCGGUGACGGAACCGCCGCUUUCGAACGGGGUGCCGAGAUACGGCGCGCUUCGUCGUCGGCGUCCAGCCACCGAUUACUGGCGGCACCUGCAUUGUCGGCGCGGCGGCCCCGCGUUUCGUGGUCUCCGGAGACGUGGACGCAGCAGCCUGACGCACCACCUGUCGCGCGCAAGCUCUCUCUCAACCCGAAGCUGGUGUUCGUGCGCAGCGCCGAAGACGAGGCCUCUCGGCGGAGGCGGCGGCGCAGCCACUCGGCGGCCAAGGCGCUGUCGUACGCUGGAAGCGGCACAGAUGGGUGCCCCAACUUCGGGGCACCGCUCCUUCGGUACCAGUAGGCGCUAGUGCAGCGGCAAAUUGGUCUGAGACUGUCGCGUUUGUCGCCGCCCGAUCAAAGACGCCAAGAAACACACAAGCCUUCACACAUUCCGUAAGAAUCGACAGUUUGGCUAUUGUUAAGUAAGCUGCCGCGGACGUCCGCCAUUGUUGAAGAUACCGGCUGUCAAGUACAAAGCAGUAUUAUUGUGUGCUUAGAACAUUGGGCAAAUACACACUAGUAGCGUGUCGCAGGCACGGUGGUAUAUUCUUCCUGCGGUGCGUCCCGACAGCUUCACAGGCGUGGCAGCGACGUUUAAUGCCUAAUCUACGUGAAGGCCGCGAGCGCCCUGGGCUAUCGGCGGCAUAGCGGGCUGAUUUUCUGAAUCAGAAGACACGAAAAGCAACAGGAAUUCCUGAUAUUCCCGGAGCGAUCUAUCGUUUAGUUCGCACCCAUUAAUUUUAGCGUAAGCAAGGUUAAAGCAGUGAGUGCCACUAACAGGCACUAACAGUGAGUGCCAGUAACAGCGCUAUGGAAUUGGUGUUUGAUAUGAGCACCUUCUCAAGGAUCGAAUAACUCUCAAUACAAUCAACGUCAGCAAAAACAUUAAAAGGCAAUUUUAGUCUCAGACCAAUAUGUCGCGCGGCCAGCAGCGCAAGAGGACCCGUUGUACGCUCUUUGUGUUUGCACAUUUUAGUGAGUCCAAAUCGCGUCGACGAAGCCUCGUGACCGGUGUGCUGUGCGGCAUCCAAGCGAUGCCUUCCGGCGCGUGCAUAAUAUAAAAGUGAAAGGACUACGAAUAUGCGAUGGGGGCCAGUGGCACCCCUUGUCGACUUGAAGAUAUGGGAGCGGAGCUCUUUGCAUGCCUUGAUUGUCGCUCUAUCUGCAGCAGUCAGUGCUGUCAGCCCUGUUUCAGCGGGGAACAGCAUGACGUAGCCUACCAAUAGAACCUUAGAGGUUCAUAGCUUCGUGUCUGGCGCUGGUUGCCUUGGCGACAUUGCCAACUACGCAUGGGCACUUAUUGUGAGCAGGCCAGCCGACCUUGUCAAGGGCUACUCAUUGCACGCGCUGUAUGCUGUGGAGUGCACGUGUCUAUCGCAAGUGCCGGACAGAGACGAGCUCGAGCCCUGGUGAGGAGGAUGAGUGACGGAGUAAAGAUGGCUUGCUCAGUCAAGCGCAUCACCUAUUCGCAAUGAUUCCCAAAUGCUGCUAUCCCUGGCAUCGCUCAGUGUAGCUAGCUCUUGCCGCUAGCACUCUUGCCUGCAUAAAAGCAUUUUAAGGGUUCAGCUUACACUCAGUCCGUGUUGGGCAUCUGCAAUGACAGCAAAGGUAUAGCUACUAUAUGAACAACAUGAUGCAAUAGAACAAUAUUAAAUACAGAUAAAGUAAAUAUGCCUUUGGUGGCUGCGCACAUACUUUCCUGCGGCGUACAUGCUUAAACUUGAACAUGUUGAGGACAAAAAAAAAAAUUCAGGCAUUCUCGAUGCUCGACCAAGCGCUACGACACGGUUGGUUUGGCUUCGACAAGAAAAUUGUCCCAUUUUCACACAACAAAUUUUAAGUGCUGUCAUGAGCAAAAAAAAAAAAGGCCUAUACUACGGAAAUCAGUUUUUCGGUUAUUUUGCUUUGUUGAUGCUCCUGUUGACGAACGUCCUGUUUGUUUUUGUUUUACUUGUUAAUGACCACGUCAUAUGCCGGCUCGGUUUGUAAAAUCGAUAGUGAUCUUCAGUGAUAGCUGGUGCUUGAUUUGUUUGGAUAUGCAUAACAGCAUCUAAAACUGAAAAGCAAUAUAGUAGAACGCGGUGCACCAUCGGCAUAGCUAUAUUAUGCGGCGCCAAACCAAUCAGCCUCUUUCCAGGAAAGUGCGCACUGACAGCAAAAGUCACAAGCCGAUGGUGGUUGUUCGCAUGUAGAAUAUUGAACUGGUGCCAGUGGAAGAGGCGCUUGGAGCAAAUUUUGUUGCCUCUGCAGCAUUAUAUGAUCCCCCCACCGAUACAGCGCCUUUUCUUGUUACUUCUAGCACAUUGGAUAACCCUUGGCCGCUCUCGAGCUUCUGCUUAUACACGUGUAUUUAGCUCCCAUCAAAGACCUUAAGGUGCACUCUUGGUUGUGAAUUCUUCAUGGCGUGUACCGAAACGCUCUAGGAAACCAUUCGCUUAAGUGCGUUUAUUCAUUUGUUAAAAAUGUGUAGUGGCGUAUAACAUUUCCACUUAACACUGUUCAGCGCGGACAGGUCACAUAAAAUUAUCGAUGGCUCUAUAAGUCUCCAAUAGAGGGACUUAGGUUUUCGUUGGGUGGGCUAAUAUACACUCAGACCGUUUUCUCGUGAAUGAUUCAUUUCGUUUUUGUUCUGCCGUUAUGCUGGAUUGCUAAACUGGAUAACAGCUUUCAUAGGUCACAACUCUGUCGCAAAUGAUGAAUAACAAUACAGACACCAGCUCCAAGUAAACAGAUGAUCUCGUGCUUGCGUUGCGCAUUUCUUUAUGCAGGCGUCUUCUAUACGCCUACAUUUCAAUCCCAUAAACGUCCCCAGAAACCUAUAGUGUGCAAGAACACUACCUAUGAGGUCAAGGCGGAGCGAGAGGAGAAUAUGACUGUCAUAGCGAGCAAUAAAAGUGAUACUAGAGCGGGCAGGUUCACAGAAACAUUGAGCCAGCAGGGCAGAGUCGCCAAAUCGCUCUCUCUCUCUCUCUCUCUCUCUGCUGUCACGACGUGACGGUGGGGGUGAAUGGGUCGCAGACACGAGCUAACAGCGCCGGCACUUCUAAAACAAGUUGUACAGCACACCACGGCCUGCGAAUAACCGACGAGUAAACGCUAUUUUUCCUUCCCUCACCAUUAAAAGUCCGCUUGAAAUCGCUUUGUCGCUGUCUCAUCUCGAGCUCUUUUCUGCGCCAGUAGUGCUUGUAAACAAGCACGAGUCGCCUCUGUAUCUCUCUCUCUCUCUCGCCAAGUGAUCUUUCUAGAUGCGCUUCGCGCCAUCUAAAGCCACGCCGCUUCAGCUACCUUACUCAAAGCUUAUGAAUACACACGUGUGUCGAGCUUUCGAGUAAAUACAACGCUGCUGCACUUUUUUUCCAAGCGGCGUGUCCUAAUUAUACCUUCAACACUCCGUGAUUAAACAAAAAAUGUCAUAAUCACCGCGAGCGAGAAAGUCUGCGCGUCUUCCCCAAGUACCGCAUACGUACCCGCGAGCGCGUUCACAAUAAGCAUUCCCGUUGCACGUCUUUUUCUCGCUAUACGCUUCCACACUGCACUGGAGAAGUGGCUUAUGCCCACCGCUAGUCUGUCGCUCAACUGUUUGACGGUGUGUGAAUGUCCCCAUCUUUACUGCCCCCUACUGCGAACGCGUGCCUCAGCCUUUAAGCCCUGCCGAAGCUGAACUAUCGAAGUGCGAGUUGUGUCCGUGUCCAGAUAGGGUUCGGAUAGAAAAGCAUGCGCUGUGCAAAGAGACGGUAGAACACGCGCUGCACGCGCGUGUUUUGCCCUCUCUCUCUUCUUGGAGUAAGCGUACAAGUGGUCGAAACGCCGCCCCGUGACGCUCCACAGAGUGACGCGUGCCGUAAAUAAAUGGACUGCCGUACGUGCGCGCAGCCCAAGCAGGAACGCACUGUUGCAGUGGGCACAGCGCGCCUCUUUCGUUGCGCAGUGCAGCGUAUUGACGCAUGCGGUUCUCGGGACAGCGUUUCAAUUCCUAGUGGUACCUCUCGCGAUUAGAACGCAUGCUGCCGUCCUUACCUGGAAUGUAAACCCAACGGCUGCCGGGCCAACUUAAACCAUGUUACCUUACGACCGACAUAUUGCCAGUAUUUGUGUGCGGUGUUUGAGGAAAGAGUACGCUUACUCUAUGACAGGCUAAACGUAAAAUGCAAUACUAGCUGAUGUGCAGCUUCAGUGGAUUACUUGCUUAUUAAAUGCGCCAACUCAAGUUUUUAGAGCGUUCGUGGCAUUUGAAUACCAAUACUUUUCUGAAAUGCGAAGGGAAACUGGCAGGCGGUUUUUGCGGCGAAUCGCAAUUUCACACAUUCAGUCUGAAGUUGCUUGUUUUCAGUUUGCACUAAUAAUAUCGGUGAGUAGCUUUUCAAUCAACUAUUGUAAUAGCUUUUCUAACAGAUACAUAAAAGCAAACAGACCAAUCAACCCGCUUUCUUUUCAUAUACCCUUUGAAUCUGUAUAUUUACAGGAAUAUGAGAAAGUUACAAAGCAAUCAGUUACAUAUUGUUUUCGGAGGCGUCAUAAAACAAAUCUUAGCAUCAAAUGAAGGUGGUGACACAAAGAGACAGAUAUAAAAUAACACACACGCACAAAAAAAAAAAAAGACGACGAGCUAACUACUGUAAUAACAUCUUUAACUAUACAAACACGUCGGCAAAUGAAGGCUGCCUAGCUCCAAUGGUGAGUAGGAAUUACGAAAUCUGGUCCCGUUAUACGUCACAGUUAUAGUCACUAGCUUGUGACCAAAGCGUGAUAUAUUGCAAUACUUGGAGAAGAAAGUCAUUCGUGCAUAAGUGUAGAUUUCACACCACAUUAGCGAUAUGUUCUCGUUUCCUCUAUGUACCUGCUUGAUUUCUGCAUAAUAACAAUAGACCAGGGCCGUCACAUCUACAGAAUGAGAUAAUACCAACAUCCUCGCUUACUUUAUAUGGUGCGUUGACGGCCCCUUAAACAACCUGGAAGGUGCUUUAAAUAGUUACUUGUUCCUACCAUCGCGCGAUAGAGUAGUGCGUUUCAAGGAUAAAUCACGAAUAUUUCAGGAGAUAUAUCGCAAAGAAAAGGUAGACAAGCUUCCACUUCUAACGUCAACCUUUGUGACAUGCCAGCAAGGUGCAGGGUAUCUUCUCGUCUCAUUUACAGCUACGUUCUCAAUAAGCACUGGCAAGCACACUCAGGAGUUGCAAUUUUGCGUUUGAGGCACCUUCCUAGGGAACAUGGGAAUGACCUGAACUCGAUAUUGGCCUCUCGCACGUCUUUUCUGUAACUUCAAUUCAACCUUUCAAGUACUAGCAAUAUGAACAGAACAAAACCCUCUAAUCAUAUUUCUAGAAGUGAUACAAAUCAGCUCAUCUCAAGGAAACAAUACUAUAUAGUUGCAAGCUAACCUACCGCAAGUUGACAUUAUCUUCUGUAAAUGUAACUGCCGAGGUUCAGAACAAUUUUGGCACAAGUAAGAAUAUCACUAUCAUAUGAUUCACACAAAGAUCAGGCCACUUCAUUUAUUCAGAAGGUGCGCAAUCAGCGAUUUGGAUGCAUUUGCACAAAUGCUGCAGUUUGAGUCCUGUAGCUUUCAUGCAGAAUCUCUCCACUAUUCUGCGAAGGUGCACUUCUGGUAGCCAUGCGGAAGCAAUAGAGCAUCAUCUAUAAAAGAAGCGCCGUUCUUGCUCAAUUUCAUGUCAUGUGAGGCUCACAUGAUGUGCGCGACCCGUGUAGCAAUCCACGUUGUGUUUCUCGGGACGUGCCGUGAGACAUGCACAAACACCAGUCAUCAUGUGGUGGAGCUGGGAACGUAAAUGUCUCCGGUAAUUUGUAGUAUUUGAAAUGCUGUAAAUACGGCUUUUUUUCCUGUACUGAAAUGACAACUAUCGAAAGGGAAAGCGAGUAAUGUACAAGAAAGAAACCUUGCUAGCACUUUUAACACGAUUCUAACUGCCCGAAGGUUAAUGUAGCGAAGAGACGCUUUCAAGUGCGCAACCCUGUAAUGAACACAACGACCAAAAAGAUGUCGAUCGUGAUAGAACCAAGAAGCAAUACACAGCGAGGUCUCUGUUCGAGACCGCCGCAUUAUGUAAAGAGCUGGUGCGCAUGUUGCGUACUAUGACAUUGGCAGGUAGUACAAACUUUUCUGUCUAUCGUCAUAAAAGGUAAACCAAGAUCCUACUUUUUCCAUAAAUACCAGAAUCAAUUCUGACCCGUUCUGCUUGUUUCUGCGUAUUAUUCAGCUGCGGCCGUUCUGGUGGAAACCUUAACUCUUUGAGAUACCUUCACAUUAUUCUGCUGCCUCAAACAAAUGGAAACGAAAAGAGAUAAUCCAACAAGAAAAUGACUGCAUCGCGCCCAUAUUUUACUCACAAAGAAGAAAAAAAUACAUUUGAAAAAUACCAUCAUACAUACAAUCUGUAUCUUGUUAAAGAGAAAAAGAUAAGGCUAAGAAGCUCAUUCCACGACGGCACUUCGCUAAGUGCAAAAGAAAAUUCGAUGUGCCCAUGUUGUCCUAUGAUAUGCUGGCUUUGCUGCAUUCAAUGAAGCUGAUCUAGUGAGACAGGCUGCCGGUCUUCGUACACUUGGGUCAUAUAACCUCUUCGUCGAUGAUGGUUGCUUUUUGCCUUCGCUGCGUGCACGUAAGAACUCUUUGGCUAAGCUUUCACGCCGAAAGCAGCUGGCCGUGAAUGAUCGCCCGCAAAGAAACGAUGACAGCGGAGCGAAUAUCUUUGCAGGCAUGGGGUGCCUACUGUAAGGUGCUGAUACACGGAACUCACUGCUUACGCCACUUUGGUACGCGCCAGUGGAAUGAGUGGGCAGUUAUGAAUAAAAAAGGGAAGGCGUCCGCCUGGAGCGAAAGUUUCGACAAGGAGACGAAGUCCUUAUAUUAUAACGUGGGAUUCGUGUCUAAUACUUUCCUGGCUUGCCCACACGGGAUUCUUACAAGUUUCCGUCUCGCUGUGAACUCUUGGUUUUGCUUAGCGGCGAGUGGGAAGUCUUAGAAGGAAAUUUUAUGUUUAUGUCUGUGUUUAUGUUUGUGUUUGUGUUUGUGCUUGUGUUUAUGUUUAUGUUUAUGUGUUUUAUGUCAUAGAAGGAAUUUUAUGUUGUCUUCUAAGCGUAAGCAGCCCGUCGAUACAGCAUUUCGACGGCAAGGUGCCCACGCGAAUACCCAGCAUUCGUCGUGAUAGUCAAAACAACACCAUGUAAAUGAGAACAGUAGGCUUUUGAGAAUAUUAUAUUAGGUCGCGUUUCACCCACCUAGUUUACGGUAACACCUGCCUAACGUUAAUAAAGCAUAAUGGAAAUAGCUACUUAGAAAAAUAACGCUAAUAUGCGAGGUAUUAGUGGCGCAAUAGCGGUGUAUCCUCAGGACCCUAGUAUAUUUUAACACGUCGAAAAGGAAACAUCAUUGUAAUAUAUUCUCUGAUGAGGAGGUAAGAAGCAGUGACGCAGCCAGCGAGUCUUUUCUUUCUUUUUUAACUUCCCCUUCAUUCCGUUAGAGCGCACCGCGGCGCUUGUUGCAGUUCGCACUCACUUUACUACCUGAAUGAAUGUGCCUUGGAUGUGCUGCAUUCAUUCCCUCUGACUAUGCGCGGGCACUUUAAUUCCCACACUAUUUAAGCACUGUAACACUGGUUCUGCAAUUAUUUAAUUCAAAUAAUUGCAACCAAACUUCAGAAAUGACACUUUAUGGGCCCGAAUAACGCGCCCUCUGAAAAACAUUACUCCCCGAAAUGUCAUCCUUUCGAUUCAAAAUCAAACAAUGACUGCUUAAAAUUUUUAGCGCGCGAGGUUUUGUUUAAGGCCACAGUCAAAUUUGUGAGGCCGCCACUGCAACUCAUGCGGCGUAUCAAAUAUUUUUGCUCACAAAAUAAAACCGGCUUAUUAAGCGCGGCCUAGCCUGGUGUCAAAAAAUACACACGCACACAUACACACGCACACAUUGACGGUGUCGACAGGGAGCUUGUUCAGCGUACUUUCCCUGCUUUUAGGCAGAAAACCAGCUUGAAACAGUGCAAGACUGGCCUAGUUGGUACGUGCUAUAGUACGUAGUUCCUCCUGCUCGAAAAUACAAUCACGAAGAGAAAAAAAACAAUAAAAUACAAGCAUACACAUGCCAAACAAGUGUAGAAUUGGGUUUGUCUGUGAGUGUAUCAUUAUGGAAGGAAACACACCGCACACACAAAAAUGUGGACAGAAGCAGAGACCACACCACAACUCUGACAUAAAUUCAUGUCAGCGGCAGCUAUGAAAGGUGUUUAUGUUUUCUUUUCUUCGCUCUUGUGUCACCGCCCUUCGUUAUUUACGUCAUGUUUCGAACAGCCCUUGUUUCUAUGAAGGGUAGCGUCAGUGUAUACUGAAAGAACUUUAAAUUCUACUACAAACUACAACUAAUAACUUACGCUGCUCUUAUUGGUACAAUAUAUGAUUCACCGGUGUAUAAUAUCUUCUAUGUAUACCUGCGUUGUAAAACUAACGUUGAAAGUUCAUGUCAUGAUGCAGUUAAUAUGCGCAUCAAAAAUACGACGGCAUUACACUGAUCAAAGAUUACCGUUAACUGAUUAGAUAGCGUUAGCUUGAGACUUCAUAUACGAGUUAUCAGUUGUCUCUAAGGAUUCUUUCUGCCUACCACACUUCGAAUGUAAAUGACAAAGAAACACAUACAUACAUACAUACAUACAUACAUACAUACAUACAUACAUACAUACAUACAUACAUACAUACAUACAUACAUACAUACAUACAUACAUACAUACAUUCAUGCAUGCAUACAGCGUAUUAAAGACAAUGAGAACAUGAAGGAAUUCAUCAUUGCAUCUACCGAAAUGAACUUUGCCGGGACGUAACCUAACGGUCUUUUAGUGGCCUUAGUUUUUUAUUCGAAAUGACUGUAUGUUACCAGUAUAUUAAUGCGCUCUUUGUGAAAGUUGAGAAAACGGCAAAACAACCUGAAAUGAUAAUUUUAUGGCCCUUACAUGCACUGUACAUGUGCAUGUAACACAUAAACACAUAAUCGCACACGAAGGCAAAGUUUCGGUACGGGUUUUGCAAGUUGGCUUGAACACAGGGUUUUGCUUUUUCGUUGGCAGCACAGCAGAGCAAAGAAGGCAGGCAUCCUUGCGCAAUGGAUUAUCAAUGAAAAGGGCUUGCUGCAGUAUACGUAGCGAAGUAACGCUAUAUAGGUAGGUACUACGUGUAAAGCGAAUGUAUCUUCUGAUGCUCCUUACUCUCCACAUCUGUGUCUCACAAAGUGCUAAGAACACUACAAAGAUUCUUUGAAUAACUACACCUCUGAAGUCCUUGUCGUCCAAGUCGCCACCGUUCAUGCGCCGCAUAGCACCUGGUGGAUAGCAGCAACAUAGGCUCGCCUUUACCGAAUGCGUUUUGUAAUUGUAACCUUGUUUAAAAUAACAACUGAUAAUCGCCACGAUAAAACCUACGCACCAGCGAAAACAUAGUCCAGAUGGCAGCCCUCGAGAGUGCUGUGAAGAGCCAAUGGGCAGCACUCGAGUGCUUGUAUGACGUACGUUACGUGUAAUUAAACGUAGAGGUCCUCAUUCACAACCAACGAAAACGUGCUUAUUAUUUGUAAUCCACAUUGGGCGUCAAAUGCUGCCGGGUCACCGCACGUCAACUGAUUGGGGAAAGAAACGCGAUAUUCAUUUGCCGGAAUAGCAAUAAAAUUGCAUGAGCUGCUGCAUAUGAACAUCCCAGCAUGAUUUUGGAGCUGCAAUGUGAGGAAACGACCUUAUAGAAAAAGAUCCACUGCGAAAGAUGCCUAUACCAACCUUAUUACUAUUAACGAUGGCAAAGGAUAGCGCUUACACAAAUCAUUCGCACAGGGUGUUAGUUUUUGCGUGCACUUGAAAAGCAGGAUGGACGCAAGAUAGUCUUCUGCCAUCCAGCCGUGAUCAUUUCAGCCUUCUAUGUCCUCUUCGUCGCCUGAGCUACCGGAUGCCUUCUCUUAGAUCUUUGCGCGCGCGACUAUUUCUAAUCUCCUGACCGCCGCAGUCGACAAGCUUGUAAUCUGUCAUGCGUACGGUGUGUUCAGUACGUGUCGCAACUGCCGUAUCUAGAAUCACUGAUGCGUUCGCUAUGUACUACGUAGAUUGCACGAUAGGCAGCAGAAGCAGAAAGCACGGACGCUUAGGUGUGGUAGAGGCUGGUUGCGCGGCACUGCGCCGCUGAGAAAUAGUUUUGGUUGUUGGCUUGCCGUUGGCUGCUCCUACCACUGCUACUGCGGCUGCUUGUGUACCUUUUACCUCUCUAUCUCUAUUCAUUCAUGUUCUUUUGUAACCACGUUUCAGGAAUGGGCACAAGCUCUCUCAUGUUACAUGAUCAUAUGUUGGUGCUUCUCCGUCAAAUGUUCCGCAAUAAAUGCAUACAAGCAAUUAUGAUGUGC